CACCUGAAAAAUGCCAAGCCUCGGAAUCCGGCCCAUCGAUACCUCUCACCACCGUACUGGUGGCUCGGCCUUGUCCUCUUGUCAAUUGGGGAAUGUGGCCACUUUCUCACCUACGGGUUCGCGCUUGCGAGUAUCGUAUCCCUACUCGGUGUCAUGGCGCUAAUCUCAAACUGCGUCAUAGCACUCGCGAUGCUCAAAGAGCCAUUCCGCGGCCGAGAUCUCCCCGGCGUUGUGGUCAGUAUUUACUGUGCUGUGAUUGUGGUCUGGAGUGCUGGAAAGGAAGAAGUCAAGGUUGGCGAUACCUAAUCCGGUAUUUCUUUUACCAGCCCGUCUUCGUACCGACUGGCUGCUGUGCUGCGAAAUAUAGCUUGGAUCUCAUCAGAUCCUUGAAGCCAUCACGCAGACUACUUUUGAGGUUUACUUUGGGAUUACGUGCAGCCUUAUUGCCCUGUUGAUGUAUAUUUCCCCAAAGUGUGGAAGAAAGUACACAUUCAUUGAUUUGGGGCUUGUGGGAUUAUUCGGUACCCCCCCCCCCUCCCUCCUUCGCGGUAAAGUUACUAACCGAGGGUAGGCGGCUAUACUGUCCUCUCAACAAAAGGAAUAUCAUCCCUCCUCUCCUCAUCCUUCUACCGAAUCUUCACCCUCCCGAUAGCGUACCCCCUCGCUAUAAUCCUAGUCGCAGCAGCAAUCCUGCAGGUGAAAUACGUAAACCGUGCCUUCCAGCGCUUCGACUCGACACAAGUGAUCCCGACACAAUUCGUUCUCUUCACCAUCUCUGUGAUCCUCGGAUCAGCGAUAUUAUACAGAGACUUUGAAACUGUCGACGUGGGGGGAUGCUACAAUUUGUUUCUGGGUGUUUGCUGACUUUCUACGGUGUGUGGAUAACUUACCCCGGCCGCAGCAAGGCCAAGAACCCAGAUGACGAAUCCGACUAUGAGAGCGAUUUCGAUCCUGUAGUGGGGCUAGAACGGGGGGUAGUAAUGCUCCAUAGGAAGAGCAGACCCUUUCUCCUUGAUGGGGCCGACAUUACUAGUUCUAGCAGCGAGGGCGAGGGAGGAGUUUAA